UCCGAACCGUUGUCGCUUUUGACCUUUCUCUCGUCCCCCUAAACUUAAACUGAAAGAAACAGAGUGCCGUGCGGACAAAAAUAUAUAAACCCCCAUCCCUCUGCUCACGGCCUCCACUCAUUCCCUCUCUCGCUUCAGAAAAAAACAGAGAGACAUAAUGGCUACCCCCUCUCCUCCCCUGCUCUUCAUCUCCUUCCUCCUCUCCCUCCCGCCUUAUCUUCUUCCGCCGCCACCACCGCCGCCGCCACCGUCACACUUUCUCUCACUCCACUCCUCCCCAACCACCCCCGAUCGUCCUCCUCCUCCGCCGCCACCGCCGCCUCUGCCUCCGACGACAAUUCGUCAUGGCAAUCCGAAAUGCUGAACCUCCUCGCCACCUCCUCCCUCACCCGCGCCCGCCACCUCAAGAAGCUCAACUCCUCUGCCUCCUCCAACUCUACCAAAGUCCCGUCCUUCCCUCGCAGCUACGGCGGGUACUCCAUAGAUCUAGGCUUCGGCACGCCGGCCCAGAGCCUCACCUUCGUCAUGGACACCGGGAGCAGCCUCCUCUGGUUCCCCUGUACCUCCCGCUACGCCUGCGCCUCCUGCGUCUUCCCUAAGUCCGACCCCUCCAAGAUCCGCCGCUUCAUCCCCAGGCUCUCCUCCUCCGUCAAGCUCGUCGGCUGCCGCAACCCCAAAUGCGCCUGGAUCUUCGGCCCCACGGCCGCCUCCCGCUGCCGCGACGAAUGCGGCUCCUCCGGCCGCAACUGCUCCCAGCAGACCUGCCCGCCGUACCUCAUCCAGUACGGCUCCGGCAACACCGCCGGCCUCUUGGUCUCCGAGACGCUCUCCUUCUCCGGGGGCCGGAAGGUACCGGGCUUCCUCGCCGGGUGCUCCCUGUUCUCGACCCGGCAGCCCGCGGGCAUCGCCGGGUUCGGCCGCGGCCCGGAGUCGCUCCCCUCCCAGAUGGGCCUCCGGAGGUUCUCCUACUGCCUCCUGUCCCGCCGCUUCGACGACACCUCCGCCAGCAGCGACCUCGUCCUGGACCCCGCGCCGGGCUCAGGCGGCGACAGCAAGACUAAAGGCGUCGUCUACACGCCGUUCCGGGCCAACAGGCACCCGGGCUCGGCGUUCAAGAACUACUACUACAUCGGCCUCCGCAAGGUCCUCGUCGGCGGGACGGCCGUGAAGAUUCCGCACAGGUACCUCGUCCCGGGGGCCGACGGGAACGGCGGGGCCAUCGUGGACUCGGGCUCCACUUUCACGUUCAUGGAGCGGCCCGUGCUCGACGCGGUGGCCGAGGAGCUCGAGCGGCAGAUGGCGAACUACAGCCGGGCCAAGGGCGUCGAGGCGCAGAUCGGGCUGAGGCCGUGCUUCGACGUGUCGGGGCGGGGGGACACGAUGACGGUGCCGGAGCUGUCGCUGCAUUUCAAGGGCGGCGUGAGAAUGAUGCUGCCGUUGGAAAACUACUUGGUGCUGGUGAGGGAGCGCCGCUCGGAGGCGGCAUGCGUGGCGAUCGUGACGGACGAUGCCUCGAUCGGCCCGGAGAUGAGCGGCGGACCGGCGGUCAUAUUGGGCAGCUUCCAGCAGCAGAAUUUCUACGUGGAAUACGAUUUGGAGAAUGAGAGGUUUGGGUUCAGAAAGCAGACUUGCAAAGUCAAAUGAAUCCAUUAGUCUCCUUCUCAUUCUUUCGGGAAUGAUGUCUCAUUGAGUAUAUCUAGAAAUAACAACAUGACAGUAAGGCGGCGGCGGCGCGGCAUCUGCAGCCGGGGUGGGGGGCUACCGGCGCGGUGGUGGCAAAUCGACAGUCGGAUUUACGAAUAUUUGGUAUAAGCUUUACAUAGGAUAAAUUAAAUUAUGCAGAAUAUGAAGGGGGGAUAAUGGAAAUAGAAGUUCGAUUAAUUAUGGGUUUGGUUAAAUGUAUUUAAUUUUUUUUUUUGAAGCAUUUAAUUUUGGCGUGCACUUUGGAUUGCUGACUAUGAUACAGUGACAAGAGCAGGAGCAUACGUUUUUUUAGUGGCUGGGCCACACCCAUGUGGCCGCCCAAUUUUCUCUUCUUCACCAAUUUGGAGCUGUUGAAACUUUGAUGUAUCGAUACAGCUCACAGGUUGUUUAUGAUUGACAUUAAACUUUUAAGUGGGGCCAAACUUUGAUCC